AGAAACUCCGGUGCAUCAUUCCUCCUAGUUUGUUGACGCUGACGGCUCGCCUGCUGCACAGGUUAAUAUUGGGGUGUCAACCACAGCAUCCAACCUCUUUAAAUGGGGUUUCGAGUUAAAACAUGAUCGCUUCACUCUCAAGGGGAAGUUUGCUGGAUGAGGUUCUUCACGGCGGCUACAAUGAGCAGCAGCUGGCAGCAUAUGUUUCCUGGGUGAACUCUCAGCUCAGGAGGAAGCCGGGGCUGAAGCCCAUCGCAGACCUCAGGCGGGAUCUGCAGGACGGGGUUGUGCUUGUCCAACUCAUAGAGAUAGUUGCUGGGGAGGUGCUGGAAGGAGUAUAUGUGCCUCCUCAAAACAAAGAGGAGAGCAGGAAGAAUGUGGAGGAAGUGUUGCGGUUCAUUUCCUCCAGACGCAUACGCAUGCCGCACAUUUCCGCCAGAGAUAUUGUUGAUGGUAAUCUGAAGUCCGUAAUGAGGAUAAUUCUGGCGCUGGCGGCCCACUUCAAACCUUCAGCCACUCACAGAGCUGCUGCAGGACGUGGGAGGAGCUUGUCCACAGGCAACUUAAACCACAACCCUCACUCCACUGUUGCACUGGCUCAAGGGGCGGCUGCUGCACUUGCAUCAGCUCGACUGGAUGCCUUGCUGCCUGCUCGUAACACACGUUUCCACAGUGGCCUGGGCCUGGAUAGAGAAAAGAGCGUGCGUGUCCGAGCCUUGGUUAAGCAGUAUGAAAAAGGAAAAGCAGACGAGCAGGACGACCCUGAGCUGAGCAGCCUUAGCGCCCAGACUCCAGUGUCGUCACCUAAAGCUCAGUUGAGCAGCUUCCCAGACAGACAGACACCUGACUGCCAGCUGCACGACAGCACCGAGUCGUCUCUCUCCGUCGUGGAGCCGGCGUGGGACGAGUCCUUCAGUGAGACUUUGGAGAAGGAGGUGCAGGAGGCACGAAAGAUGGUGUCAGCUUUACAGGUUCUGCUGCUGAAUGGUUCCCUCCCCGAAGACGAGCAGGAUGUGUCUUUGACUCUGGACCACGGAGACGCCGAGCAGCAGCUGGUCGUCACUCGCAGUCGCUUGGAUCAGAGCAUGGAGGAGGUCCGGGAGCUGAAGAGGGAGCUGCUGCGCUGCAAGGAGGAGAUGAGGACCCUGCAGGGAGUCAAGGACGCCCAGCAGCAGCGGCUCUGCUCUCAGGAAGGAUCCAUACUGCAGAUGAAGCAGGAGCUGCUCCGUGCCAGCAUGACAAAGGACGAACUCAACAACCAGAAUGCGGAGCUGCAGUGGAAGCUGGAGGAGUGCAACAGGCUGUGGGGGGAAAGCAAGAAGGACAUCGGACAGAAGGACAGAUUGCUUCAACAGGUCAAACUCAAGCUUGAAGAAAGCCAGAAACUUCAGACUGACCUGCAGAGUGAGGUGGAGCAUAAAACCAGCAUGCUGCAGGAGCGACUGAGUAGAAAUCUGCAACAGGUUCCCAGCAGGCCGGAAAACAAUGGAUAUCCAGCUCCUGCAGGCCAAGCAGAAGAGGUUCAGCUGCUCCGAGACGCACUGAGGAGCCUGAGGAACAACCUGAGAGACCACGACCCGCAGCACCACACGCUGGACACGCUGGAGCAGGGCAUCGUGUCGCUCAUCGACAGGCUGCACGUCGUCCACACUCAGAAGGGACGGGGGAAGUCUCCGAGACGCAGAGAUCCGCACACAGACCUGGACUCCUGGCCCGCCACGAAAAAUUGUCAAUCUCAUAAUGGCUCCCCCUCCUCUACUAAAAUCCUUUAUUUCACUGGAAAAUCCCCAACGCCUUCCAUGAUAAAUAUACCAAAGAGGCUGGGGGAGGUGACCCUGAAGGAUGUUAAAGCUGCUGUAGAUCGAGAGGGGAACUACAAGUACCACUUCAAGGCCCUGGACCCCGAGUUCGGGACUGUGAAAGAGGAGGUUUUCCUGGAUGGAGCCAUCGUUCCGGGCUGGGAGGGGAAAAUCGUGGCUUGGCUGGAGGAGAGCCGUGGAGAGGACAGGCCGUUGUAGGUUCAGGCCGCGGGGCCGUGAUCCCAGAGGCACAUCAACUGCUCAAGAGCACAACCGCACCGUUUCUGUGGACCGGGACUAUGAAAGACCCCCCCAGCAGCGCUGGGUGGACCAGUCGGUCCCAAACCCAACUACAAGCUGAAGAUCUGCAACUGUUCUGCAGGAUAUUAUAGAACUCUGUGCCUUAUGAAAGAGACCCUUGUUAUUUUUUUAUUUUAUUUUAUCACUGCCAGGCUGAAGCAUCAAAACUGGACUCAAGUACGUCAUCAUUUUGAAUUAAUACAUCAAAAACCACAACAGCAGUUUGUUACCUCUACUUGAAGGUUUUUGACAUGUUUCAGUGUUUGUCGUACCCGGUCCAUCAGCGAUGUCUUGAGAACAAACUUCCCACCAAACUGUCUCAAAGGCAUGUUUUUCAUAGUUGUCAGUGUUUCGUCAGUCCUGUGGUUUUAUACUGAGAAGGUAAACCAAACUACAGUAUUUAUUAUAUCCAGGCAGAAGAGACAACUUACUGACCACAUAGAUAAGUCUAUGUCUAUAAUGAAGGUGUUGGAAGGAAAGAAAAUGUCAUUAAGAAUAAGUGAAAGUGAUGCACAAAGUUUCUCCACAGCCCAACAGGAUGAUGUUGAUGAUGUUGAUCGACAAAAACAUCAGCCAUUUUUGUUGUUUUUGCAUUAGCUGCAUACAGAAUGUUGAAGUGGUGAAUGUUUACUGUACCAGAAGGAUGUAAAACCCACAGAUGUAUUUGAAACUAAAUAGGACCUAAUUCCAGAUGUGGAUUUUACCGUCAGUCUGCUAACUGAAGCACCGUCGGAGGACAGAAAGGGUUCUUCAGCGUUUACGUUCACGUAGAAAUGUAAACAAUCAGUGCUCUUUCUGUCCUAGCUCUUGAGAUUUUUUUGUACAUUAUGUUCCACCAUGUCCUUAAUUAUUUUAAAAUACAGAAUAUUUGUAGAAAGAGAGUUGAUGCGAAUGUUUCUGCUUAUACUAAAAAUGCUGUUUUAUGUUAAAAGUUUGAAAGAGACUUUUGUUUCACAACAAACGUCGUCUUUCUAUUUUACGGAAGAGUAUUAGG